CCAGCAUCCGUGAGGUCCCGAACAACGUCCGGCCAUAUAGCCAUCAGCUCACGACUUUCAUCUUUGUUCGAUAAAAAUUUUACAGCAUGUCGGAGGGAGAUGUAACCAAUGAGGAAGAUUUAAUCAAUGAAGAAGAUGCAACCAAUGAGUCAGAUGUAACCCUUGUGGAAAGUGUAACCAAUGAGUCAGUUGUAACCAUUGUGGAAGUUGUAACCAAUGACCAAGAUGUAACCAAUGAGGAAGGUGUAACCAAUGAACAAGAUGUAACCAAUGAGGAAGAAGUAAUCAAUGAAGAGAUAACAGAAGAAAUUGAUAUUCCAGAGAACGUCGGCGAGGAAUUGGGAUCAGAGAUAAGCAAGUCCAUUACAGUGAUUCUAAAAGCAGUAACGCAUCGUGGAACGCAAACUGUGAUACAGUGCAAUCCUGAUCAAAGCAGAGAGACUUUCAUCGAUAUGAUUAUUAAUACGAAAUUAUGAAUGUACAUACAAAUUGAGGUUUAAACAUUUUUUUAACCGUUCGUAAUUUUAUGUAUGUUAGUUAAUUUUUUCUAUAGGAAAAUAUACCGAAGUGUUCCUAUCAAUAUUCUAAAGUACUAACUCAUUUUUAUGAGAAACUCCACCCUGUAUACUUUAAGUAUUCAAAUACCUAAAGUAUAAAAGAUUAAAUAUUUGUUAGUUUUUUGUUCAGUUUAUAUACGUACUGGUAAUUUAAUUCGACACGUAUCUUUGCGUAUAUAAGAACUUAAAUU